AUGCGUGCCAUUGCCCUGGCCUUGACGGUGGCUGCGGCCCAGGCGCCCUGCGAGUUCGGCUUCCAGGGGUCCCGGGCAGACCUCGCAGCGCAGCAGGCCCUGGAUGACUGCGUCUCGCAGCUGCUGGAGAGCUUUGGAUUGGGCUCCACACAGAAAGAGCAGGGAGAUCCGGAGCAGCAAACGGUGACAUGCGUUGGCAUCAUGAGAGGCCUCGGGUCCCAGUUCGGCUAUGCCAACAACACCCGCCGCGUUUGUUGGGAGACGCCCAACUUGAACCUGACUUCCCUCAGCUGCGAGGCGCUGAACCGGGUGGCCUGGGAGCUGAUGGCGGCGGCGCUGCGGCACCUGGCACUGUGCAGCGGCAUCUUCGGGGAGGUCCCAGAAGCGCUGGAGGCCAUGGCCGACGACCUCCAGGCCAUCGCCGGGGAGGCGUUGGGUCGUGAGCUGGCGAUCCACGGGCCGACGCCUGUGGGGCUGCUGAUCAGCGAGAGGCUCCGCGAGCUGCGGGGGGACCUCAUGAGCCCGCUGCAGCCGGAAGGACACUCGCGCCAGGUGGUGUCCCGGCUAUUGGCUUUCGGCCGCAAGGCUUUCGAGCAUGCGAACUGGAUGGUCUGGCGGGACACGCACUUCCUGUGGCUGCAAGACACGCUGCGUGAGGGCCGGGUCAUCCACACCGCCUGGGGCCCAGCGGAUCGCUGGGACGAGCUGGGGGCCAAUGAUGCUUAUGCCGGCCACGAGCUCAUCGGCGGGUGGGCCAGGGCGCCGCUCUACGGCUUUGAGAAUCAGGGUAGCCAGCGGCAGGACAUUCUGAGCAAUUUGUUGAAAAAGAUACAUUCUCAAGGUCUUGCGCAAGUGACUGUGGUGGAAAUCGGCGUCUUCAAAGGGAGCUUGUCAAAGUCGUUGCUAGAGCAGUUGCCUUUUGUGCAGUUGCUGGGAGUGGACCCCUACGUCGGCAAGGACGGCACAUUUCCCGGGGACUUCUCGGAAACCAUGGAUCCGGAUAUGGCCCUCGCGCAGGCGCAGCAGAUCUACGAGCGCUUCCCCGGGCGCGCCCAACUGCUGCCGGUGACCUCCGAGGAGGCCGCCAGGAGCAUUCCCGAUGGCAGCAUUGACGCGAUCUUUGUGGAUGGUUGCCACCUCUACGAGUGCGUGGACUCGGACCUACGGACGUGGCUGCCGAAGCUGGGCCCAGGCGCCUUGGUUGCCGGCCACGACUUCUCGCCUCAGUGGCCAGGUUGGGCAUUGCGGCUAUGGGCUUGCCAGUGCCAGGAGUGGUACGAGCUGUCCAUGAGCAUCGCAGAGAUGGGCAGCGGGUCCUCCUGGGUAUGGCUGGAGGUCGGUCAGCAUUUCGUCGCCAUGCCGAACAUGUCCCGUACACAGGAGAUGCCAAGCUGGGUCUUGCACAUCUUCUUUUCUGUUCUGAUUCGCACGGGGGGCUACAUUGCCAAGCCUCUGUGCGAGCAAGGCCAUGGCUUCUCCCAAAAGAUGUACGACCCGAGGUCCAAGAUCUUGGAAUCGAGCAUGAUGCCAGCGCCCCAGCAGCCUGAGUCAUCAAGGUACAAGAAGCACGUCGUCCAGUCGAUCACCGGAAAAGGCUACAAGUUCCACUUUCUACAGCAAGCCUACAAGGAGGGGGACUGGGAGCAGCGCUAUGAGUUUGUUUGGGCUCUGGACAGUGACAUCGACCUCUCCAAGGCCGACGUCUUGCAGUUCCUGGAUCUGGCGCGGGAGACCAACUCGGGCAUCGUGGGGCCAACCUUUGUGAAUCAGCACGGGGUGCCACAUUCACCUUCCGGCGUGCUGCAGGAACACGCUGCCAGCGUGAUCCGGCGAGAAGGCCAUAGCCCCACCAGGGACGACGCCGGAAGGCACCGGUUGAGCGGCCCUCAAAGGAUCCAGAUGCCAGAUCCAGGUUGCGACUUCCGUCACACGGACUUCGUAGAACUCACUGCCCCGCUUCUGAAGUCGGACGUGCUGAAGAGCAUUUUGCUGGAUUGCCACGGAUGCAUCCACGAGAAGUCCGACUGGGGCCUGGACAUGAUGUGGUGCAAGUAUGUCUCGGAGAGGUCGGGACAGGGAUGCGCGCUUGUGGACAAGACGCCGGUCACCCACUUGGACUGGGGCCUGGCGCCCAUAGGCCAAGAAUUCUACAUGGCGCUGCAUUCGGUGCAGGCCCACUACGCCCAGUUCUGGUCUAAGAAGCAGGUCUUGGAUUGCCAGCAACGCUCCGGAGGACUUGUGGAAGAGGAUGACGAUGAGGAAGAUCCUGCCACAAGCAAGAGAUCAGUUCGGAAGCAGAAGAAGCACAAGGAGAUGGUGUCAGGAGACAGCGAGGAGGGUGUGAAUGCAAGCGUCAACCAAUCUGCCCAGGCUUCGAAGCCGGUGAAGCGUUCUAAUACGACCAGAUCGGUCUCGAAGAGUUCUUCUGAGGAGGUGGGGCAAGCCGAUGUUGACGAGGAUGAGGACCUUGAGGAGUCCGUGGAUAGCAAUGGCUUGCCGGCCAAGAACUCGACGGCGAAGACCAACUCGACGGCCGCCAAAGUGGCCACCAAGUCGCGGGUCAAGAACUCGACCAGCACGAAGAAAGCCAACGAGAAGUCGGAAGAACAGGAAGACGAGGAUGACGACGACGACGACGACGAUGACGACGACGAGGAAGGCACAGUUGACAAGCUGAAGCAAGGAAGCAACUCAACUGCUGCCAGCCAGAAGCAAAGCAACACAUCGCACACGCAGGUGAAGUCAGAUGAAGCGAAGCAGGCGAAGGUGAAGGCUGAGGAUGACGACAGCGACGACGAGGACGAGGACGAAGAGGAUGACUUGGAGCCCAAGUCAACCCUCAACUCAACGCAGGCAAAGGCUGCUCCAUCCACCCCAGAGUCAGACAUCUUCAAAGUCAAGGCUAUGGGGCCUGGAGCUGCGCAAGCCGGCGGAGUGAUCAUCCGAAAUGGGGAGCCUGCGCAGAGAGGUGUCUCCAAGCACCUGGGGGAAUCAACGGUCAUGGCAGCGGCAGGUCCCAGCAGAGACUCAAAAGAUGCUUUCGGCCAACAGACUGAGGCCGAGGACGAGGACCUCGAUGCCGAGGAUCCGGAGGCCAGUCCCGCGAAAACGCGCACGGGAGCCGUCAGCGUCAAGAUCGAUGCCUCAGGACGUCUGCAGAAGGUGGGCCAGGACGAAACCGUAGAGUUCCAAGAGGGCCGCCAGGCUGAGUUGAGCAGCUUUGAGGAGGCCGAGCAACGCUUGCGGGAUGACAUUGAGGAGCUGAGGAAGCUCGAGCAGGAGCUGGAGGGAAUCCGACCGAGGCAAGGGCCAACGGAGGCGGAGGACCGCAAGACAACUGAGAAGAAGCGCUCCGCGAAGAAGCACACAAAGCAACCGCAGGCGGUGUCUCUCAUCGACCUCGGUGAAGACCACUCGGAGGAUUCGGAGCCCAGCCAGGACGCCCAGUCCGUGCAGAUCCAGGCGCUGGCUGCUGGAGCGCGACAAGUGGCCAUGCAGGCCGCGCAGGAGGUCCAGGAUAGCUUGGGCGGCUUGACUGAAGAGCAGCUUGAAGAUGCGAGGAAGGCUGCACUCCAGUCUGUUCAGACUGCCAUUGAAGAGCAGGUGCAGUCGCAGGAAGUGCAGAAGAAUGCGAAGGCCGAGCAGUUCGUGUCUGACCUCUUGAAGGGCAAGUCCGACUCAACCGCUCACGAGGCAUCCUUGUCCCACCGCGUGCGUGAGCUCGAGGCGAAGCUGUUGGAAGUGAAGCGCCGGGCAAGUAAGGAUCACCAGGUGGAGGAGUUGAAGGUGAGCACUCUGGCCUCCCGCGUGGCCAACCAGAAGACCCAGGAGGACCGGCAGAGCGAGGACCAGCUGCUCAUGGCCCGCGCCAAGCAGAUCACGGAGCUCAAGGCUCGGCUGGAGUGGGAUCAACAGCGCAUGCAGAGCGAGAUGCAGGAUGAGCUGGAGCUGAGGAACAAGGUGAAGCAGUUGGAGGGCCAGAUGCGGCGGUCCAGCGCCUCGCUGGUGGAGGAACCUCAUCACAAGAAAGCGCACAAGGUUGCAAAGAAGAAGGCUGAAGCAGAAGCGACAGGGCCUGACAUGGCGAAGGACACUGUUGAAGCCCCGAAGCCUGGCAAGAGUACAAAGGAAGCCAAAGCCGAUGCUGCCAAGACCGCCAAGGCAGCGGCAGCCAAGGCGGCCACGGAAGCCAAGGCAGCCACGGCAGCCACAGCAGGUAAGCAAAGGGACGCGAAGCUUUCCAAGGAAAGCAGCAAGGAGGCUGAACCCCGCGGCAGCACAAAGACUGCGAAGUCUGGCAAGCAUGCAAUGCACGCUCAUCGCGCGCAUGCACAUUGA